AUGCCAGCAAAGGAAUUCGUCAACAGCUGUGUCAGCUGCAAGGACGCCGAGGCGUCAGCCACAAUACGCGGCCGUCCUCUAUGCCAGCCAUGUUUCCUCAAAUAUGCAGGUGCAAAGAUCCACCGAAGCAUGACGAAAUUCCGACCACAGAAAGAUCUACCGCCCACAAAAUUACUCGUUGCCCUCUCCCUCGGUACCUCGUCGUCUGCUCUCUUACAUUUCCUACACAAAUUGCGAGAUAGUCAAUCAUCUACAUUUAUUGGCCGCGCUGGAUUCGAUCUCCACGUACUGGUGAUUGACCCUUCUAGUGUAUUUACCGAUGUGCCCCCAGUCAAGGCAAAUUUCGACGCUGUGAAUGAAAAUUAUCCUGGCCACGAAUACUCCUUGGUUCCUCUUCACAGUAUCCUCAGCAUCGAUGAAGACAUCAAAACAACCCUCCGCGAUUUCGGGUUUGUGGAUGAUGAAAGCAAGUCAGAGAAAGAACGACUUGACUCUUUCCGGCAAUCAAUAUCUACUGCCACAGCGAGAACGGACAUCGACAACCUUCUAUUAAUCCGGCUAGUUGUCACAUGUGCCAAGAAAUAUGGUUGUGAGGGCGUUGUAUGGGGAGACUCUGAUAGUCGUCUGGCUGCUAAGACCCUUGCAAAUGUAGCCAAGGGCCGUGGCGGCUCUCUGACAUGGCAGGUCUGCGAUGGUCCUACGCCAUGGGGCCUAGAAUUUUGCUUCCCGCUUCGAGAGCUCUAUAAAUCGGAGCUGGACCUCUAUGUCAAGUAUACGCCCGAGUUACAGGGUAUUGUCAUUCCCGAUAAACAGACAUCAGAGAAUUUGUCCACGCGUGAUCUCUCGAUAGAUGCUCUUAUGAAUCAAUACAUUGCGACCCAAGGAGAAAAAUAUCCUGGAGUGAUGGCUAAUGUAGUUCGCACUGUUAAUAAGCUCCAACCCGAACGUCGUGCCAUUGGCGACACACGGUGUUCGCUGUGCGCUGCUUCUCUCCAACAUGAUACUUUAUCUGCAGAACGCGAAGACAAUGCAGAACGAAUCUGUUACGCCUGUUUACGAUCACGGGAUGACAUGAAUACGGUUUCCAAUACUUAA